UGACCCGCGCACGAGCACGAGCACGAGCACUGUGUGUGCUGCUGUCGGGAGCGCGCACAGCAAUCAUGCCUCAAACCGCCGCGCGCCUCGCUGCUGCUGUCGGAACAUAAAGAGGAAGAAGAAGAAAUCCGUCCUUUUACCCCAAAAUAACGCGCUUUUAUUUCCUCUCAGUGCGCAUGUUGUCGGCUGCUGUGAGCUGGAGACGCUGACAGCUUUCAUCCAAAACUCCUCCAUCAUUUAGUCAUUUAUUUGUAUUCCUCCAGUCAAUGAGACAAAGAGGAACAACACCGGAGAGGAGUCCAGCUGCUGUGAUGAGGUGAUGAGGUGAUGAUGUGAUGAUGUUUCAGGGCUCAGUCUGAGGAUGUAAACCACAGGAACACACUUCUUCUUCUUAAACGGAUCUGAACGCAUGUCUCCAUGUCCAGGAACAAUGAGUCCUCUCUAGGAGCCUGAACGCGUCUUGAGAAAGCCUCAGGCUUGUAAGGGAACUGGCCCGGCUCUUCCAUCCUCCCCCCCUAUAACAUCCCACUGUGUCGCUCCUCCACGGCGUCCCCUCCCUGCCGUGGCCGUCCCAUGGAGAGUGCACGCCCAGCCAGAUAGGAUGCCUGCCUCGCCCGACGUCCUGCAUCCCCUCCUGCCCAUCACCACCACCACCUCCUCCUUCUCCUCGCGUGUACCCGCUCUUGCCAACAGUUCCUUGCGGCCCCCGAGGCUCCGCCCCGCCCCGCUCCAACAUGGUGGAUGAGGUGACCACCAUGAAGGAUGACGUCAUCAACGCCAACACGCUGGCUUGGCUGGUCUGCUCGGGCGUGUCCAUCCUGGCCAACACCUGGAGCAUCCUCAGCGUCAGCGCCAAGCAGAAGAAGUGGAAGCCGCUGGAGUUCCUCAUCUGCACGCUGGCGGGCACGCACAUCCUCAACAUGGCCAUCCCCAUCACCAUGUACUGCGUCAUAACGCUGCGCCGUCAGCAUUCCAACUACGAGUGGAACGAGGGACUGUGCAAGGUGUUCGUCUCCACCUUCUACACUCUCACGCUGGUCACUUGCUUCUCCGUCACCUCGCUCUCCUAUCACCGCAUGUGGAUGGUACGCUGGCCCGUGAACUACAGGCUGAGUAACACCAAGAAGCAGGCGGUGCACACAGUGAUGGGCAUCUGGAUGGUCUCCUUCAUCUUGUCCACGCUUCCAGCGGUGGGCUGGCACGACACCAACGACCGCUUCUACACCUCCGACUGCCGGUUCAUCGUGACGGAGAUCGGUCUGGGCUUCGGCGUGUGCUUCCUGCUGCUGAUCGGCGGCAGCGUGGCCAUGGGCGUGAUCUGCAUCGGCAUCGCUCUCUUCCAGACCUUCUCCAUCCAGGCGGGCCACAACGCCGACAAGAACAAGUUCAACGUCCCCACCAUAGUGGUGGAGGACGCCCAGGGGAAGCGCAGGUCGUCCAUCGACGGAUCGGAGCCUCUCAAGACGUCGCUGCAGAUCACCUACCUGAUCAGUGGGAUCGUCUUCAUCUACGACUUCCUGACUGGCUUCCCCAUACUGGUGGUGAGCUUUGCCAGUCUGAAGUUCGACCGCUCCUACAACUGGAUGGUGUUGUGUGUGCUGUGGUGCUCCAUCGCCCAGUCCAUCCUGCUGCCCAUGUUCCUCUGGGCCUGUGACCGCUAUCGGGCCGACAUCCGCAUGGUGUGGGAGAAGUGCGUCGCCAUCAUGUCCAACGACGACGUGGACGAGGAAAACAGCCAAGAUGGAGGAAUUCAUGCCGACUUAAUAUAUGACAGACCAUAUGACUAUAGCUCGGCGCCUGAAAUCGUGACGGUAGACCGUAAUGCCAAGUAUGAGUUCUCAACCUUAGAAAGGGGGGUUCCGAAAGGGUAUCCAUUGAGGGAACAUCAGGAAGAUAAAAUGCAGUAUUUGCAGGUGCCCCCUACAAGAAGAUACUCCCACGACGAAACCGACAUGUGGACCAGCGACCGGAUCCCCUCAUACCUUCACCGCUGGGGCUCCACCGAGGACAUGAUAGUGACUGCCCACUACAGCUCCACCUUGCCGCGCCGCGAGAGGCGCAGGAGCAGCCUGGUCUCCUACCACGAGGAGAGCCACCAUCACCAUCACCCGCAUCGCAAGCGGCGACGCUCUGAGGACAGCAUGCACUCGAGCCUCAAGCACCUGCCGCGCGUGGUCUGCGGCGGCGGGGAGCACUACGAGGACGAGCUGCGGUGUUUUAGCCGCGAUGAGGUGAUCAACUUUAUAGACGAGACGCCGCUGCCGAGCCCCAGGAAGAGCCCCAGGAAGAGCCCGAGGCGCAUAUCCACCAUCUCCCUCAUCCCCAAUGUGUACGAACAGCACACAGUCAUCCUCCCUCACUUCGCGCUCACAGACUUCGAGCGGGAGCCUCAGGCGCUCAGGCGGCUCUCGGAACACAAAAGGAGCAGUAGUCGGGGCAACACGCCCGAGGCUUCCCCCAAACCAGACAGACCUGCUGGGAAGAAGAGCCCCGGGGCCUGUGGCUCUGGUAAAGGCUGCCGGGAGCGCUCUCGGGACGGGAAGCAGCAGCAGCAGCAGCAGCAGCAGCAGCAGCAGCAGUGUGACGUGGGCUCACCUGGGCGCAGCCAGCAGACUCCGGGUCACUCCGCCUGCAGGCCCAGGACAGGCGGCGGAGCCAGGGCCGGCGCUGGAGCUGGAGCUGGAGCUGACUGGGGGCAUCACAAGCACCUGAGCAAGGGUGAGAGUAAAGGAAGCACAAACAGUUUUGUAAGCACACCCUCGGCAUCGUCCUCGGGAUACAUCACCUUUCACUCUGAUUCUGUCGGCUCCACCUAAAUGCUUGUUAAUAAUCAAUAUUAUUACUUAUCAUAAUGAAAACCACUGGAAUAUUGGUGGUUGAAGGGAAAGUGACAUACUGGAUUAUUUGUCCUUUUUACUUGUGCCACUAUUCUGUUUUACUAUAUAUACCACCAAAACAUAUCUGUUGGGCCUCGGGAGCUUUGGACAUCAUUUCUGAAUGGGCCUAUUAUUCAUACGUAGGCUGGUGAGAAGGUCGGGUGGUUCUGUUAUUCAGCUUUCACAUCACAAAAUAUCCACAUUUUUAUUUCCAGCACUGACACAAAUAAACUUUUUUUUUUUUUUUUAAAUGGCAUGAACAUUCCCACACCUUGUUUUUAGCUGUUCGAUGUUGUUUCUUAUGAACUGCUCAAAGAAAUGGAGGAGGUGAAGUUGUCUUUUUAUUUUUCUUUCCACUUAAGAACUUGAAAUCAAACUGUAUUUUAUUUUGCCUUUUUAAACGGCUGUGUGUUUUCGUUGUAUGGACACAUUUGCUUUCAAACCAAACUUUCCUGAAUACUGCCCGUGUACCUUUGAGAUUGACUCCAGGUACAUGACACAAUAUACAUGUUUAUUUUGUUUUAAUCAUGAUGUACAACUUUUCUAUUAACAUUUUUAUUCACAACACAUGAAAAUCUUUUUUUUUUUAAACACCCCUUUGUUGAAGUAAACUGAGAGUGGUAAAUCCCAAACUC